UCGCUUCCUCCCUCCCGCUCUUCUCCUCACGGCUUCACCUCCGCAGCCGUGGCGUCUUUUUAAAACAAUAUACGUAUAUACGGGAUAUCGUUUUUUGGUCGCUCGUCACCCGGCCAGUUUUUGCACCGACGAGCAGCGCUCUCCGCAAGUUUUCCGGCCUCGAGUUUGCCCACUUCAUUGUGCCCGUGCGUGAGUGUGUGCUUGUGUGCGGAUCGCGCUUCUUUGUUGCACGGGGGAGAGACGUACGGUCGCCGCGUAGUGUCGUAGUUUAUCGUUAAGAAGGAAUUUAUCGAUUGUAUCUUAAUUUGUGAUUAUAAAGUAAAGUAAUUUGUCGUACAACGCAAAAUUUAGUCGACUUAAUCAUAGUAUGUUCAUGAUGUAUGACAAUAUUACAAAUGGGUACCCUCCAUUCCAACAAAACCAUCACCCAAGAAAGAGGGGAAGCGAUGAGCUUUUGUCGCAAAGUGGCGCAGUCAGUAAUGGCGCAGCGAUGAGUCCUCAGCCACAUCACGCAGCCGACAAUAACAACGACGCGAAGAAGGCAAAACUCGACAAGAGCCAAAAUGGCAAACCUUCUCGAGUCAUUCACAUCAGAAAUAUUCCGAACGAGGUAUCCGAAGGCGAGAUCGUUCAUCUGGGCAUUCCGUUCGGUCGUGUCACCAAUGUACUCGUUCUUAAAGGCAAAAACCAAGCAUUUUUAGAAAUGGCGGACGAAGGUGCAGCAGCCACAAUGGUAACAUACUAUGCCUCGUGUCCGGCUCAACUUCGUGCCAGGGCUGUUUAUGUCCAGUUCAGUAAUCACCGGGAACUAAAAACCGACCAGGCACAUAAUAAUGCAGUAGGAAGCCCUACAAAUGCUAUUGCUAAUACAUCAAACAAUGCAAAUGUGCAAGCAUCAAACCAAGGUCCAGUUCAAGGAAGUGACACCCAGGGUGGACCUAACACGGUUCUACGAGUUAUCGUGGAACACAUGAUCUAUCCGAUAUCACUUGAUAUACUUUAUCAGAUUUUCACACGAUAUGGAAAAGUUUUGAAAAUAGUCACCUUUACAAAGAACAACUCAUUCCAGGCUCUUAUUCAAUACACUGAUAUGCUUUCAGCACAAACUGCAAAAUUUAACCUCGACGGCCAAAACAUCUACAACUCGUGCUGCACCCUGCGCAUUGAUUACAGUAAAAUGCAGAAUCUAAACGUGAAGUUCAAUAACGACAAGUCGCGGGACUAUACGAAUCCGACCCUGCCGACAGGUGACGCCAACCUCGACGCGGCGUCCCUCGCACUGGGAGGUGAGUUGCUGCCGCAGCUGCUUCUUGGGGCUGCUGGUUCCCAGCCACGUGCCAGACUGCCCGAGUCCAUUGCAGGCGCACCGAGCGUCUUGACCUCGCCAUUCGCUGCGAUGCACGGAUUGCCCUCACCGCUCACCGGACCUUACAACGGUGUACCUCCAGCUGGUGGAUUGGCCGGGUUGGGCAGCUUCAAUCUGGGUGCUGGUGCCUUAGGUGUGCGGGUCUCCGGAAGUCCUCAGCAAUCCUGUGUGCUGCUUAUCAGCAAUCUUAAUGAAGAGAUGGUCACGCCUGACGCUCUCUUUACCCUGUUUGGCGUAUAUGGGGAUGUACAACGUGUGAAGAUUCUCUAUAAUAAGAAGGAUUCGGCAUUAGUCCAGUUAGCCGAAUCACAUCAAGCUCAUUUAGCAAUGACCCAUAUGGACAAACUGAAAGUAUUUGGAAAAGCAAUUAGAGUGACGCUGAGCAAGCACCAGACUGUUCAGUUGCCGCGUGAUGGCCAACCGGACGCCGGUUUGACCAAGGACUACACCAACAGCCCACUUCAUCGCUUUAAAAAGCCUGGCUCUAAGAAUUAUCAGAACAUUUAUCCACCAAGCGCAACUCUGCAUUUAUCAAACAUUCCAGCUACGGUAUCUGAAGAUGAGAUUAAGGAAGCCUUUACGAAAAAUAGUUUCACAGUCAAGGCAUUUAAAUUUUUCCCUAAGGAUCGAAAGAUGGCGCUCAUUCAGAUGCCUAGUAUGGAUGAAGCUGUAUCAGCUCUAAUUAAAAUGCAUAACUACCAGCUGAGCGAGUCAAAUCACCUGCGAGUGUCUUUCUCUAAAAGCAACAUCUAACAAGACAGACCAGCGUACGAGCCUCAGCAAUGGUUCCAGCCCUACACCCUCGUUCACUAUUGGUACCCCAGUGCCGUACUGCAUGAUUGAAAUGAGAAUAAAAGAUUGACCUCAUUUCGUUUGACUCGAUAAUGACGUACACAUAAAUUGCAUGUAUCAACUCGGCUGCCAAAAUGUUAAUCGUCACGAGAUAAACGACUUACAUACGACUAAAGUUUUUAGCGAAGUGAGACCAAAACAAAAGUACACACUGAUAUUAAGGCAUCAUUGCUGCUGUCAAGAUGUCUGCAGUCUUACAUCUUCGUAAUAUUUUGUCGUGUGCACACGGUGCGUGGGAUUAUGAAAAAUAUUUUUGUGAUUGUGGGGUAGACCAUAAGGGCUGGGAGUUGCGAGUGACAUAAUGACGACAUUUAGGCUUCUGCAACCAUAACCCAGAAAAUAAUAAAAAGCACCGACACAUCGUUCCUAGCUGCGAAUAUUUUCAUCCAUUUUAAAGUUAAACAAAUGAAACAAAACAGAAGCCAAAACAGUCGUCUGCUCUCGUUCCAAGAAAAACUCACCCAAUGUACGCUGUUCUUUUUUUCGCUAGAAUCAUAAAAGUUAAAAUAAUACAAAGCAUGUUAAAAAAAUACAGAAAAUUUUUGAAAAGAUCUAACUAAUAAUACAAGAAACGAGACAUAAAACAAAGGCGGACGUGAUUGUAGCGAGACGAUGCGGAAAGGGGCUUCGACUGACGGUCCUCAUUCAUGUACAGACUUUAAACAUAUAAACAUACAAACAAAAAAAGCAAAAUACAAAUCCUAAGAUAUAUUAUAUAUAUUUUACAAACGUGACACGCUGGCUACUCGAUGAAACGAGACUUACUCGUACGUACGUCUUCUAGAUUUUCGUUCGAGGCCGGUAAUGGCACUACACUGAUGCAUAGUAGGAGUUAAGGGUUUUUAAAAUUAUCUUGAUACAGGUAAAAUAAAAAAUAUGAAAGAGAGACAGUAAAAAUUCUUAUAAGAACGAAGAGUAACGAGCGCUCGACGUUAGCGUAUUAAAUAAUAUAGAAAAUCCGAAGUAUAAUGGCCGGAGCGAAGACUUAUUCGUUAAUUCAAAUAAAUAAUCGUCGCGUGCUCGUCGCUUCUUUCAUUUAUUUACGAGGUGAGCACUUAACACAUAAGAAAACUUUAGCCUUUAAGAAAUAAUGAUGGAAGAUGAAAAAAAAGCCAAUGUCACGAGAC